CAAUUUAGUUUUUCUUUUUCUUCGUGGAAGACUCAAAUCAAUCAAAGGUGGGUUUUUUUUUUUUUUGGUUUCGAUUGAUUGGGUUGAUUGAUCAUCCAACGACCUAUAAGCCGCCCUCUUCCGAGCUAUGUUCAAGUUCUGGGGUUCACAGGAGCAACAAGCUCAGCCACACCCACAAGAGGUUUCUUCGCAUUCUUGGUAUCCUCCUUCUGUAGUUGGCUCCCCCAAUGCUUCUCAAUCUAUGACACCAAGUAGCAGUGCAUCUAACAGCUUCAACUUACAGAGGCCUGCAGAUCGUCCACAUUCUCCCUCACCUGUUUCACCUGCUGAAGCUGCAGGAAUCAUUGCUCUUCUAAAGGACAAAAGUGUUGAUGAAUUACGGAAGCUUUUGUCUGACAAGGAUUCGUACAAUCAGUUCUUACUAUCAGUUGACCAGGUUAAAAUUCAAAACAAUAUAAGAGAUGAACUUCGCAAGGAGACUUUGCAGCUUACUAGGAACAAUUUGGAUAAAGAACCACAAAUAAUGGAGCUAAGAAACCAGUGCAGAAUUAUCCGCACAACAGAAUUGGCAGCUGCUCAGGAAAAACUAAAUGAGCUUGAGAGACAGAAAGAAGAGACUUUGAAGUUCUACUCCCCUGCAUCAUUUACCGAUAGGCUUCAAGAUGCUAUGAAUAAGUCAGAAGAGGAAUCAGAAAUUGUGCACAGGCAGCUCCUUGACAGGGAGAUAGAUCUAGGGACUUUUGUGCAGAAGUACAAGAAGCUCCGGACUAGUUACCACCGGCGAGCUCUAAUUCAUCUUGCUGCUAAAACUUCUCAAAUUGGAUGAUGAAAACUCCUGGAGAUAGUUAUUGAUUGUAUUUGUAUACCUUUAUAUUGAGAGGCUGUUGCUUGUUCUUGCUUGGUGUAUGAAAUUCAUAUGUUCUCGCUUUCUUUGCCAAAAACCCAAAUAAACCUUUGAACUUUUUCCAAUCAAUUGUGUUUAAUACGAUCUUUCCA